AUGGGAGUUCACCACCGACUUCUGCAAUCGAAACAACUCCUGGAAAAUAGUAAUGGUCCACGGCAGACUGAAGCCAUCCAGCAGGUCCUUUCAGCCUAUUCUUUUCUUAUCUCCUCGGCUGUCCCCGAUGUCUUGCAUAUCCCUCCAAUCGCCAGGUCGAUCAUCGCCUCAGCCCUGUGGAGCCACUUUACUUUUCAUAGCCAGCCACGGUUGAAUGAGCACAGCAUGUGGUCUCACAUCAAGGCCACGUCUUUGCUCUCGAAUAUGUUCGGAUAUGUCUCCACUAUUUUCCUCCAUGGGGAAGAAAUUACUUUCACGUACGACAGACGUCCAUCGGGAAGCAUCCCUAAAGCCCUCUGUAACACUCUAGAAAUCUUGCACUUACCUCACACUACCGACAUCGGAAGCAAACACAACUUUUGCAUAUUCGCAGCUUGCUGUGCAUUCUCCUUGAAGGCCAAAUGGCAGCUUCAUUGUGCCGCGUUGAGUGAUCUAAUCAUACUCCUUCUUACGCAAGUACACCCCAAAGAUGGCAUUCUUGAUCUCUACGCAGGAAGCACCUCACCGGCUAGGAGCCUGGCUACCUCGACAUCGGCUAGGCUGCAAGAGCAACUUCUAGCCUUCCGCUUCACAGAUGGCCAGGUCCCUCUUUCCCCAGGUAUACAUCCAAGUCAAACACAAAUUCAAUUGUCUUUUCUCCACCAAGCGGAGGCGGGGCAUUGGAUGGCUCAGUCUUCAUGCAAGAGUCUCCACAAUCUCACCAUUUCUCCAUAUUUAUUCUUCGAUGCCUGGAAUCCUCAAUAUUACGCUUCUCCGCUUUAUGCUAAACCCGCUCUUGCCGCCCGACUUCGCAGCCAACGAGAGGAAUUCAAGACGCUAGGGGCUGAACUUUUCACCUUCGUGCACCAACGUGGUAGCGAGCGAUUGGGUCGGGCCGAGCCGGAGAGUGUUGGUUGGGCUCUUGCUAUCUAUCUCUCAAUUCUAAUUGAGUUCAAGCAAGAAAAGGCGGCAUGUGAUACGCCUUUCCUCAAUCCCUGA